GAUUUUCCGGAUUUAUUUCGAGGUGGCAGACGGGUCGACCCGCGUGACACGGCAGAAGUUCUUCAGCGCCCUGCGGGAUGCCUUGCCUCAAAAGGAGAAGGACCAGUGCCAGGAGCUGGCGGCUUACUUCCCUGCGAGCGGCCCGAUGACGCCCGUGAACUACGAGUGGCUUCUCGUCGACGACCCGCACGUUCUGUCUCCAGUCGUGUAUGCUCUGCGACUGCAGCACUUGGAGGAGGGCCUAGGGCUCAGCGACCGCAUGGAGCGGCAGGUCAAGUCCUGUGCGAGAGAUGGGCCUGUCACGUACGAAAAGAUCGAGGCAGUCUGCAAAGACGAUCCCCAGCUGUCGAUUCUACAGCCAGAGGAGACGGUCUACCCAUUUAGACACGGCACCGAAGAUUUCGAGUGUUGGAGCUCCUUGGUCGUCGCCGGAUCUCCUGCCCAGGGCUUUUCCAGGGUUGUGGCCCAGUCGAAACCGGACCGUGUGAUGAUGCCGCCGUUUCAGCAAAGGCAUGAAGCGGCGGUGCUGCACCUGGACCUUUCGACGUGGAAUUCGGUGCUAGUCGCCUGUGCCAGGGAGGGCCAAUGGCAGGCGGCACUGGCGCUGCUCCAAAGACUCCGAGCAGAAACUGGAGGAUGCAAUGGCCACUCGCAGAGUGCCGUGCUCAGUGCAUGCGACAGGGGUGGCCGCUGGGAGGUGGCCCUUGAUCUACUUUCGCAGUUCCAGGCCGAGCGCCUGGAGGUCGGCCUGGUCGUCUACAACGCGGCCAUCGCCGGCUGCAAGCGCGCCGGGCAGUGGCAGCUGGCCCUCUCGGCUUUGCGGGCGAUGCAAUCUUUCAGCUUGAUCCCGGACGUCGUCACGUGGUCUUCUAUUAUCGGCGCCUGUGAGAAAGGUGGACAUUGGGGCUGGUCCCUCUUUCUCUUCGAUGCGAUGAUGCACCAGGAGCUGGAACCCAACACCAUCACCAAAACCUCCACCAUCAGCGCCUGUGCCCUGGGAAUUCAGUGGGCCAGGGCACUGGAGCUCAUCGAGAGCAAUCUCAUCUCCUGCAAUGCCGCAGCUGGGGCAUGCGGCAAGGCCUCCCAGUGGCGAGGUGCCCUUGGUGUAUUUCGCUGCCAGGAGCGCAGCUUUGAGCGUGAUGCGGCCAGCUACAGCAUUGCCUGCGGUGCUUUGGGCGAGGCCUCGCAGUGGUUCGAGUGUUUCGGAAUGCUUAGAUGUUGCUCUAGCGCCAUGAGACUGAACGCUCUUCUGGGCCUCGGGGGCCUCGCGGGGCGGAAGAGCGAGAAGCCGCCGGAAGCAAAGCGUCACAAGCGCCUUGACGUGCUGGAAUCUCUGGGCAUCGAUCAGAAUGCACGUGGGCACCCAGCAACCUCGAGUUCAUCCUCAAAGAAGGCUGUCCAGUCUUUGAGCGGUUCAAGCUCCGACAAGGAAGAGCUGAGGAAAUGGCUGGCUGGUGGGGAUGUUGGUUCCAGUGCAGAACGCGAUGCAGCUGCACCUUUGCCAGCAGCAGCAGAGAAUGCGGCAGAUGAAGCUGAAGCAGAUGCCGGAGUCGAUUCAGCAACUCCAUCUGCGGGGGCCGAGCCCGUGAACUCACCAAGACCGGUCAUCAACUGGAGGGAUGCCUUUUCUAAGGCACAAGAUCGGUGGGACGUGGUGGAGGGCGGGGCGCGCUGUUACUACCACCACUCGGACAAGGGCCUCUUCUUCGAGUGGGACCAGCAGACAGGAGUCUUGUUCCAGUAUUUCUUCGGCACUGACGAGGCUAGAAGUGUACCUGUCGGUGACGACGAUCUGCCGGAGCGCGGUGCGAUCUGGUCCAGCGAGUGUCCAGACACGCAUGCGGAGGUCUGGGAGGUCUUACCCCUGCCACCUACAGACCCACGCGCCAAGGCGGAUCUGGACAUGCCUUCGACGGCUUCCGCUAGCGAGAUGCCGCCGCCGCACACGAAGAAGCGAAAGAAGACUUUGCCCCCGGUUCCUGUGAUGUCUGCAGUUUCGGGCGGCCCGGCUGUGCCGGCGGACGACGACGACGACGACGAUCUCCGAUUGCCAGAGGAAGCGGAGCACACCGGGCCUGUUCUGGGCUGCGAGGGGCCUCCGGCUCCGGCUCCAACGGCCUCUUCGAUCCGCGCGGAGGAGGAGGUCGACGAAGAGGAGGAGGAGGCUCCGGUCGGCUCCUUCGUGCUCGAUGAGGAUGAGGAGGCUGCAGACCUGGCUUCGGAAGAUUGCGCCUUGCCCGCCGCGCCGGUGGACAAAGCAGAACCGUCAGCAGCGGAUCUGGACCUCGACAUGUUCGCCGGCAUGUGA